AUGCGUCGCAGCACCAUUCCGCCGCGGUCUGGCAAGCCCGAGGCCGCCGCCAUGCGCGCACCCGAGCCACCAAAGCGCAAGGUAUUCAACUGUAUCGUCGAUGAUACCGCCUUGAUCGCAGGUGUCAAGAAGAGCACCCGCGACGGCAUCCGCAAGUGGAUCGCCCAGGACGCCAUACGCCUUUAUGUACCGCUGCACACCCUCACCCAGCUCCAUCGCCUCACAAAUGGCACCGAGCGCGUCAACGCCGAUGCCCGCGAAGCCGUCAAAUGGCUCGACGAAGUCACGUCCAACGAAGCCGCUAGCCGCGUUAUCCUCGAGGGCGUGGAUGAAGCGUAUACUACAUGGGCAGAGGUGGAGCACUUCCUGCUACCCGAGACAUUGCUCUCGAUGGAGGACAGCGAGUCCGACGAGGACGACUACCACGAAGACCUAGAGAGUUCUUUCAACGCCCUCGACAUGUCUGACGGCACUUCCAUCAGCUCCACACACAGCUUCGAGGACGCGUCCAAAACUCCUGAGUCGCCUCGUUCGCGUGCGAGCAAGGCAUCUAAACCUGCCCAUGGCGCCACACACGCCGACAAGCCAGCCACGCUGCUCAAGACAUCACCCGGUCGCGCCGCUCACAGCAGCAGCGACAUCGCCCGCAGCGACAAGUCGCCCAAGGGCGCUGUGCCCGUCUAUCUCCAGCCCCUCUUCAACCACAUCUUGUGGCGCAUCAAUAAAGAGGGAAACCCCGAUGCAGCUCUGGAGUCCUUCAUUCUCCUCACUAAUGAUUCGGCCAAGCAAACCAUCGCUCAAAAGUUCGGCAUCCGCGCUAAGCGCCUCGAACAGCUCCGCGAUGCCGUUGCUCGUGAAGAUCGCGAGUAUAAGAACCAUCUGACCAUCUACAAGAUAGAAGUCGAAGCGACCGCUGCUAAGAGCACCGCUCCCACUGCACCCAAAGCGGCAGAGCGACCCAAGUCCAGCCCCGCAGUCGAGAGCAAGCCCGAUGACAAUUCUGAUGACGAGGACGAGGUCCUUUUCAAGCGCGCUCCACGAGGCCCCGCCGCUACUACGAACAACCAACGCGUCCUCGACCCCAACGAUUUUGCACGUACAAGCCAGCAUCAGUCCCCUCGUGGUGGACGUGAAGGUCAUAUGCCGUCGCCUCGAGGUCGCGGCGCACCAUCCUUUCGGGGUCGUGGAAACUUUGCACCGCGUGGCGCAUAUGUCCCUCCAGGACCAGUCUUCCGAGCUCCGCCAGCUCCUCGUCAUGAUCCGAAUGCGCCUCUAGACCCAGAUUCGUUCUCUCGUCCCGCCCCCAAGGUGGGCCCAGUCCGUGGCGGAGGCAGGCGAAAGCUUUGGGAACCGAACUAG